AUGUUGUUAAAAUAUUUUUUAAAUAUUUAUAAAAAUUUUAUAAAAUUUAUUUUAAUUAUAUUUUUAUUAAUUAAUUUAUUUGCUCAAGAAGUAAUAUCUGAUAGACUUGGACAUAUAACGUGUUAUAAAAAUAAUGGUUUUGAUUUGGGAAUUGAAGAAGUAAGAUGCUCUCCUUCAUUCCCUUCUAGCCCCACUUAUUGUCUAAAAGCUAAUGUUUAUGAUGGCCGAGUUGUCCGUGAUUGUGCCACUUCAGCUCAGUGUCCUCAGGGAAAUGCAUGUUCUCCAAUAAAUUAUGAAGAAGACGGUACUACUGGUAAAUUAAAUUGUUAUUUGGGUUAAAUAAAGUAAAGCCGCGAGCAUUUGCGCUACCACAAUUACUGCUACUUUUGUGCCCCCAAUUAUUCUAAAAAAUAUAAGGAUAACCAAAGUCGAAUCCCACUAUAAUGAGAAAUAUAUUGUAAGAUCUUUUGAGACCUCAAGGGGUACACCGGUACAUCUUUUCAAAAGAGGUACAUCUAUUCAUACUCAUGGAGUUAUGAGAUAUAACUAUGGUUAUUCGUAUACUUU